GAAAACUGUGAGAAAAGAGUAAGGGUGCACAGUCCUCACUCUUUUCUGCAGCACAAUUACUGGCUCCUGUAAAGGAAGAUCUUCCAGCUGACUUCUCAUCAGCAAACGAUCAGACAAAGAAACAGAACAAACACUGGGCUCUCUACCGUUCCUGCAAGAGAUCUGCACUAUAGCACAAGAGGUGAAGACGCAGAGGCCAGAUCUCAAGGAUAGAAAGCAGAUCCUCGGGGACAAAACAGCGCUAAAGAGUUCAGGACAGAAGGCAAGAAAAGGACUCAAUAAUUUCUAUUAUAUAGAUUCAACCUCAUCAUUCCCGCGGUUACCAAUUAACAACUUUUAACAACAGAGAUGGAAACUCGUCAUGAUUCUGUGAACAGAGGACACCUGCCAAGAAGGUAAACCCAUUUUACUUUGGGAUAUUACUCUAUAAGAAGUAAGAGUACACAUCAAUUACCAGCAGAACCUGCCUCAUCUACCAUCAAAAUGAAGUUCCCUAUAUUGUUUGGUCUCCUUGGAGUUCUCCUGGCUCCAGCCCUUGCCGAGGAGAACCACGGGAGGGCCAGCGGUGAACGUCCACACCUUCCACCCCAUGAAGAAGGUCCACGCCUUCCACCCCAUGAAGAAGGUCCACGCCAUCCACCCCUUGGCGAAAGUCCACACAUUUCAAUCCAUGCUGAAAAUCCACCCCAUUUUGAAGUUCCACACCCACCACUCCGUGAUGAAAGUCCACGCCAUCCACCCGCUGGCGAACAUCCACACUAUUUAUUCCUCACUAGAGUCCACCAUGAAAAUCGACCCCGUCAUCCACGCUAUCGUUUAGUCGGUACCCAUGGGUUUGCCAUCAGGCCACCUGUGCACACUGGUAACUGGAAAACCGUCUGGGAUGCCAGGACUGGCUUCAUGGCAACCAAGGUACUGGGAAAAAACACCUGCAUCAUAAGCAAAGCUGGCACAGGAUUUAAUGGAUUUGAGGGAGCUAGUUCCUCUGGGUUCCUUCCACCCAUAGAGCAUCGUUACGUGAUCUCAAAUGACAGACUCCUAAACCUGUACCCAUAUGGACCACGCAUUCAAAGGCUGUGCAAAGGAGUUCCCACUUACUUUGCUUACCCAUCUCCUGGAUCAAACUUCUCAGAGGAUGAUGCCUCAUGCAUCACAAAUAUGUUCAACAAUAUGAAGUUCAUUUACUGCAAUUUAUAAACUUCUCCUGAUGAAAUUUUGAGGAAGAAAAUAAACAGAUCUGUGUACCCAUGAAGAAGCCUUUUUUCCUUGAUGAUCUUAUCUCGAUCACAGUGUCAAUCAUGUAUCUGCCUUCUCUUCUGCUCUUUGUGGACCAUAUUUUCUUUCAUUAAAAUGCAUCAUCAGCCUCCA